AUGUUUAGCAGCGACCAAUUGGCAAAUAGAGGCAAUAGAAAUAUUCUUGCGGACAAAGAGAUUCAGAGUACUUUGCUCGAUGAUGAUGAUUUUGAAGAGGAUGUUUCCACAAAUUUAGAUGCUUCUACCUCUGUUUCCUCUUUCGCUCCUGUUACUGCUGAUAAAAGAGAAAAUGCUUUGUCUCGUAUACUAAAUGAAGCUGACUGCAGUGAUAUAAAUUCUAGUGAUGAAGAAAUAUUUAGUGAUCACAACAGUUCGACUGAUAUUGAAGAGGAAUUAGACGAACAGAUUUCCCCCCUUCCAGAUCGAUCUAACUAUUACUUGGAAAAAAUAACUGUAUGUGUUUGGCCAAACAACCUCCAGUCGGAGUUGACGCAUUGGACCCAAAGUGUAAACAGUAAAAUUGUUUAUGAUGAAGUAUCUGGAAAGUCAAUAAAUCGACCAAACUACCUUCGCCGGCUUGGUAUAGAAUUAUGCCUACCUUAUGUUCGUCAGCGAAUUCAUAAUGAAAAGAUACCCCGACAAUUGCGUAUGAUAACAUCAAGGGUGUUCAAAGUGCCUCUGCCUGAAAGACCUGCUCCAGUUGUUACUAAUGUUGCAUCUAAAAGGAAGCGUUGCAGCAUUUGUCCUUAUAAAAAAGAUCGGAAAACUAACAGUGUUUGUUCCUCUUGCAAAAUUCCGAUUUGUAACACAUGCUCAAUUAUUGUAUGUCCAAACUGUUUAGAUAACAAGUAA